AUGGAAAAUCAAACAAAUAACCCAGAUUCUUUACAAAGUUCCGUUCUUGAUAUUUUAAAAGAGAUUUCCAGGGAAAAGGUGACUGAAAUCGCUAAUGAUCAUCUCCAAAAUGACGAAGGUUUCAAGGCUGCUAUUAAAUACAUGAAAAGUGAUGAGUGGAUAAAUCUGAUAGAAACAAUCAAGGUGAAACCAGAAUGGAUAACUCUUAAAGAUUAUAUAAAUACUUUUGGUAUCCCAAUAGAUACCCUAAUCAAAUGCGCUGAAAAAAUUGUACAAAAUGUUACCAUUACGGACAUACCUGAAAAUACUCCCAGAAACUUAACAUCGUUUAUUUCUGAUGUUGAAAAAGUUAUUCAACCGGCCGCAAUUUUGAUAAAAAUAACCAAACUACAAAGUAAUCCUGAGAUGGUGCAAGUAAUGCAACAACUAAAGACUCCUGAAACGAAGUCAAAAUUUGAUGAAGCUCUUCAUAUUCCAGAGAUUAAAACUGUUAUGGAUGAAUUAAAGAAGAUGGGGCUUUGUUUGUACGACCUAAUUUCGUUUAUAUAUUACUUUUUGGGUUGGGGAGAGUUUAAGCAAUAA